AGUGGUUGGAAAGUUUGACACAAGACGCAACACCAGAGUAGCAAAAGCUAAACCCUCACAAAACCAACUUCCUCCUCCGCCAACCCAAACCCAAUUAAGCUCCAACGCAUAUCGAAAGUCGUAGCCUUCUUUGUACCGAAAAGGAGUUCGUAUCUGGUCGACCGAAUCACAUGAGGUGUUUGGUAGCGCAGUGACGACACCGAAGUUUUUCCUCAACAAUUCUUCCCAAAAACCCCUAGAUCACAGUCAUCUCAAAGGUCUUCCAAAAUUCGUGAUCUAAGCCUACAAACCCACAAGGCGUAAGGGAUUUGUAGGUUUCUUGGUUGUUCACAAGAAUUCAGAAAUCUCUCAAAAUCUUUGGAGUCUGAUUAUUCUUUUUGUUUUUAUGGCAAAACCCAUCUAAAGUCAAAGAAUUCAGAAUCUCUCUAAAUUUUCUUUGUUAUUUGGCAAUCUUAGGCAAGAACCGUCAAGAUUUUGAGCAUGAUUUCGUCUGUGAAGCAACCCACGGUGCCCAUUACCGGUUCCAUCGUUUUCCGGCCGAAGUUAACGGCGCCGUUACGUCAAUUCUCGGUUCUACCUCCACUGCCGGCGUUAAAAACCCGAGGGAAGACCUCCGCUAUCGCUAUCGCAAAACCCUUGUGUGUUUCUUCUGUUGAGGGUUUUGGGGAAUUGAAUAAAAAACGGUCUUUGAUCGCAUGCAAGGCGUACGAGGCGGAUCGGUCGGAGCCGAUCGAGGAGGGAGCGAAGCAGGUGCCAUCGGAGGCGGCUAAGAAGCUCAAGAUCGGUGUCUACUUCGCGACGUGGUGGGCUUUGAACGUGGUGUUUAAUAUUUACAAUAAGAAAGUGCUGAAUGCUUUCCCUUUUCCGUGGCUCACUUCGACUCUCUCGCUCGCUUGUGGAUCUCUCAUGAUGUUGAUCUCUUGGGCUACUAGACUAGCCGAAGCUCCUAAGACUGAUUUCGAGUUCUGGAAAGCACUCCUCCCUGUUGCCCUGGCGCAUACAAUUGGGCAUGUAGCCGCUACAGUGAGUAUGUCAAAAGUUGCAGUGUCGUUCACUCACAUCAUCAAGAGUGGUGAGCCUGCUUUCAGUGUGUUGGUCUCGAGGUUCCUCUUGGGUGAAACUUUCCCCGCCUCGGUUUACUUGUCCCUCAUUCCGAUCAUCGGUGGCUGCGGUCUUGCUGCUUUGACUGAGCUCAACUUCAAUAUGACUGGUUUUAUGGGUGCCAUGAUAUCCAACUUGGCGUUUGUAUUCCGCAACAUAUUUUCAAAGAGGGGUAUGAAGGGGAAGUCUGUUGGUGGAAUGAACUACUAUGCGUGUCUCUCUAUGUUGUCUCUCUUGAUUCUCACUCCAUUUGCAAUUGCUGUGGAGGGACCACAGAUGUGGGCAGUUGGUUGGGAAACGGCUCUCUCUCAAAUUGGACCCCAGUUCAUCUGGUGGGUGGCGGCCCAAAGCGUGUUCUACCACCUAUACAAUCAGGUCUCAUACAUGUCCCUGGACCAGAUCUCUCCCUUGACAUUUAGCAUUGGAAACACCAUGAAACGUAUAUCUGUCAUAGUCUCGUCUAUCAUCAUCUUCCAUACACCUGUCCAGCCCAUCAAUGCCCUUGGAGCAGCAAUCGCAAUCCUUGGAACCUUCUUGUAUUCCCAGGCAAAGCAGUGAGAGAGCUGGGAUUACGACCGUUUUGUAUCAUAGAUGACUAGAGAAGACGCGUUGCCAAGAUUAAGUUUCUGCUUGGACAUCAAUUAGUAGCCGUAUUUUGGGAUCCAUCUCCGAUUGGGAUCAGGAAGGUGGAUCAAGGAGCUUUUCUUUUGUAGAUAGAUAUCAAUAAUGAGUUGUGGAGAACCUAAAUUUUACACAGGUGAUCAGAUAUUUAUUUCCUUUCAUUUUUGUCAUUCCUCCAAUAUUCCCCUUUGCUGAAGAGAAGAAUUCUUCACAUAAACAGAAGACAAUGGCCAAAACUUGCUUGUUUUGAGCACAUCAGUAUCAAUAAAAUGAAAUGAAUUAUAUGA